UGUGCGGCAAGCUUCUUUGCAACUCUCCUGGAAAGAAGUCUUUACUACGAUUACUACAAUAUUAAUAAAUUUGCGUUGUUCUUUGACUAGUGGGCCUUAAAAAGUUGGUCCAGGCGACAAUUACAGAUUGUGCGUUGUGCCUAAAUUUCACGGAAGUUCUUUUGCAUAUUGGUGAAGUGGUUUCGUUGUGUGAAAUUGUGAAAUACAAAAACAAAGAAGAGGGAAAUAAAUUAGGCGGACCGCGCAAAGUAUAAACAAAUAUUAUAAGCACAUAGCUGUUGCAAAUCGAACCCUGCUACAGUUGCAGACUCCCCGUCAAAUAUGUUUGGAGGAGCAAAACCCACAUUCGGCUCCACAGCUCCCACUACGGGUUUUGGUAGUUUCAAUAAUACCGCUACCUCAUCACCAUUUGGCCAAAGUGCAUUUGGCAAGCCGGCUACCAGUGCAUUUGGCGCAGCACCUGCUUUUGGAGCUCAGCAAACAGCACCUUCAAUGUUCGGCUCUACAGCUGCUCAGCCACAAAAUACCGGUUUGUUUGGUGGUGCUAGCACUUCGACGGCAUUUGGAGCUACAACUAAUGCCCAACCAGCUUUUGGAAAUUUUAAUCAACCCCAACAAACCUCAUCUAUUUUUGGAGCCGCCCAACCGCAGGCAAACACUUCGCUAUUUGGUCAACCGGCAGCUACUUCCGCUUUUGGAGCGGCAGUGAAACCUUCAGGUUUGACUGGUUUUGGUCAGACCGCUACACAGCCGACCACCUCACUGUUUGGUCAGCCAGCAGCAUCUACAAGCACAAGUGGUUUUGGUUUCGGCCAGACAGCUCCCACAACAACUAGUGUUUUUGGCAGUACAACAGCCUCUGCAUUUGGCCAGCCAGCAAAUGCGGCCGCGGCUGCCAAUGCGGGAACCUCGAUUGCCAAGUACAUUGCCACCACCGGCACGGAUACCUUGAUGAAGGGAGGACAACCGAACAAUGUCAACACCAAACAACAUUGCAUUACGGCUAUGAAGGAAUAUGAAAACAAAUCGUUGGAAGAGUUGCGUAUGGAAGAUUAUAUGGCCAAUCGUAAAGGACCCCAGGCGGGAGCUAACACAGGCUUUGGUUUUGGGGCAACAGCUCAACCCGCUGCAGGCACUGGUCUAUUUGGGUCUACCGCACAACCAACAACUGGUCUUUUUGGACAACCUGCUGCAGGAACCACGGAAAACAAGGGCUUAUUUGGGUCGACUACAGGAGCUUUUGGUCAGCAAACCAACACAGGCUUUGGAGCUGCAGCCUCACAAGCAUUUGGCGCCAAACCCUUUGGGGCAACGGGAGCAACUGGCUUUGGUGCAACAGCUACGGACAACUCUAAUCCUUUCGGGGCCAAACCCGCCUUUGGUCAAACUGCCCAGCCUUCAAUGUUUGGACAAAACACAGCCACCAGCACUGCACCGGCUUUUGGGCAAACUGCAACAGGCUUUGCUUCAGCUUUUGGACAAACCCAGGCUCAACAACAACAACCGUCGUUGUUUGGCCAACAAGCAAACGACCCCAAUAAACCUGCUUUUGGGUUGGGAGGAGUUUCGACGGCCAACACAGGAUUCGGAGGCUUUGGUAAUACUGCUACCAGCACAGCAGGAGGUGGUCUGUUCGGAGCUAAACCUGCUACGGGCUUUGGAGCAGCUCCCGCUUUUGGACAAACAUCUACGGCCACGACAGGUUUUGGAAACUUUUCUUUGCAGAAUACAAAUGCCGCUAGUGGAGGCCUCUUCAAUACCGGACUCAAUAAACCCGCCACUUCCGGCUUUGGAGCCUUUGGCACUCAGACCUCCACCGCGGCCCCACUGAAUUUUAAUACUGGUACUGGGGGCACUUCGCUUUUUGGUAAUAACGCCGCCAAACCAGGAGGACUUUUUGGUACAACUUUGGGAGGCAGUCAAAAUACCACAGGUGGUGGUUUGUUUGGCAACACGGGCACUUCAGCAUUCGGCACUAACAACAGCACCUUGGGUGGAGGUUUUGGCACUACCCUGGGAGGAUCUUUGGGAACCAUGGGUGGUUUGCAAGGUACACCACAGCAGCAACAACAGGUUCCCAUACAUCAACAGAUUUUGUCCAAAGUCACUUCACCCUAUGGCGAUAAUCCCAUUUUUAAGGACUUGAAGAGAAGUGAGGAGAAUGAUCCCACCAAAGCAACAAAUCCUGCAGCCCAAAAAGCUAUACUGGACAAUGGCAAUAUUAGCAAUCAAUUUAAAGUAGCUACCAAGUCUUCACCCAGCGUGGUGCGCGUAAAGCCCAUAGGCUCGUCAUUGACAAAGAAGGCCUUGUUCGAGGGUCUGGAAGAAUUCGAUGCCAGUGUAGAAAGCUUCAGCUUGAAACCCAAUGCCAAACGCUUGGUAUUAAAGCCCAAAAAUAAUCAAACCUUGUCCACUGUGGGUGGUGGUAGUACUCAAACGCCUCCAGCAAGUCAACACAAUACUCCACAACGCCAAAUGCCUGCUAGUGGCAACAACAGUUUGAUUUCGGAUCCACGUAACGAAUCCUUCUCAGGGGAAAUACCGACAGAUCCGCCGAUACAAAGCCAAGCAAAUGCAGGAAGUGGAUCAAGUGGAUCAGGUACACCGAGCAAUAGCGCUGCCACCAAUGUGGUAUUGGAUUCUAGUCGUCGUGAAUCUUGGCUGCAUCCCAACAAUUUGGAGAAAGUAAGGCAGCACAAUUUGAAUGCUGGUCUGGAACCUGGCUCCUCACACAAUAAUACAUUGAACGAAUUGGUGCCCCGAAAGCCACUGGAGACAUUUGCCAAUAGAAUGUCCGUAUCGACAGUGCCGGAGAAUCCUUUUGAAGAUCAGCCCAGCUCGCUUAUGUCAAGACGUGAGACCAGUGGCAAUGCCAAUGACAGUAUUUUGUCCAGCCGUUCUUAUAAUGCAGAAGAUAAGUCGAUAAUCAUUGAAGAUCCUCAAGCCGAAUAUGAAGAACAUCCCACAGGCAUUACUCUGAAGAGAGUAGGUUACUACACCAUACCCUCUUUAGAUGACUUAAAGUCCUAUUUGGCCGAGGAUGGUUCUUGUGUGGUACCCAAUUUUACCAUUGGACGUGAGGGCUAUGGCAAUGUCUACUUUGGCAAAGAAUUGGAUGUGGCAGGCCUGAACAUAGACGAAAUUGUACAUUUUCGCAAUAAGGAAAUUAUUAUUUACCCUGAUGAUGACAAUAAGCCACCCAUUGGUCAGGGUUUGAAUCGGGAGGCCCAAGUUACACUGGACCAAGUUUGGCCUCUAGAUAAGAGCAUUCACGAGCCCAUAAAGGACCCCCAGAGAUUGGCUGAAAUGGAUUGGGAGGCAAAGUUGAGACGUGUUUGCGAUAAGAAUGAUACCCGUUUCAUUGAAUAUCGUCCCGAAACAGGCAGUUGGGUAUUUAGGGUUAAACAUUUCUCGAAAUAUGGUCUAAAUGACAGCGACGAGGAGGAUGAAUUGCCAACAGAUCCAAAAAAGGCUAAAAUGACGGCAAUGGAGGCAGCAGCAGCUAAACAAACUGGAGCUGUGGCGGCAGCCCCUAUGGGCACUAUGAAUGGUCAGGAAAAAAUCACAAUGGCCGCUUUGAAAAAUGCACAAAAGAUAUCCGAGGAGGCGGCUCGUUCAUUGGAUCCCAAAUCCUUGACUUCGGUGGGUUUUUAUCCCAUGGAUGAAUCGGCUGAAUUUAUGCUGAUGGACAAAACUCAAUAUUUUCAAAACAAUGGAAAUGACUUUUCCAUGUUCGAUCAUCCCCAACAAAGUUACAAAUCUGGUUUGACUAGUCCCACAGCUACCUUGGCCAAGGAUAUGGGCACUGACUCGCAUAAGUUGCAACUCAUGAAGGCUUCGUUUUUUAUAGAUGAUGACAAUAAAUCAGAAUCCUCGGAAUUUGGUCAUCAUCGCGACUUUAACCGUAAUUUACCUUCUGCAGUUGGUUUAUUUGGCCGUCACAUACAAGAUAUGUAUGAUUCUUCUCAAUCCUUGUGGAAGGAGAGUGCUGGCUUGGGAGGUCAUCUCUCGGAAACUUCAAGUCAAGCUGAUUUUGUUAAUGUUAUGGCUUCACCGCCAGCUCCUGCUUCAUCUGCUGGCUCAGUAAUAAGUGUAUUAAAAUCCAAGGAGCAAAAGAGCAAACCCAUUAGAAAUGAAACCGAGGCGGCCGCAGAAACUAUUAGCAAAAUGGCACCUUUUAUUGUUAGGCCCAAAGUGGCUUUGGUCAAAAGUUUAGCUGUCCAAGUUCCUUUGAUAAAAUCUGUGGCAUAUCCUUUGCGUUUCAAAUGGCCUGCUGAUUUGGGACUUUACAAUGGAAGAAAAUUUAAAAUGGGUUUCGGUCCCCAAAACACCAUGAUUGUACCCACUACCCGCAAUAAUCUAAAUCGUGAAAUUAAAUCUAAAAAUCUCCUGGAUGUUUCUUCCCUGCUAUUUAAAACACGUGGCCCCAAUGAUUUCUCCUCCAGUAUUCUUCAACAAUUGAAAAUUUCUGCCACCCAGUCAUAUGAAAACUUUAAGCAAAGCAUUGUGGAACAUUUGCAAAUUCAAUUGCGCAACUCCCAGCAGCAAGAUGUGGAGGGUAGCGAAUGCCCUUUCAUUAGAUCGGAUGGUGGCACCGAACUCAUAGUCAAACAUUUAGAUGAAGCCAUUAAACUCAUCAAUCUUGGUGCCUUGGAAGAAUACAAUGUUUCAGUGUGGUCCUUGUGUUUAGCUUUGUGGGGUGAUCAUGAAGAAAUGGAAGGUCGUGAUCCCACUUCACAUUUUGUAGUAAUGUGUCGUCGUAAUUUACUCUCAGAAUGGCUAGAAAAUACUCUAACCGAUAAAGAUCUUUUGACCCGCACCAUUUCCAAGCACACCUACUUGGAACAUUUGUUAGAUUUGAUUAUGUGUCAUAAAGUAACCGAAGCCUGUGAAUUGGCAUUUUCUUAUGAUGAUGCCAAUAUGUCAUUGUUGUUGGCCCAAUUGUCUUCGGGCCCCACAGUAAGACAGUUAAUGGAAGAUCAAUUGGCUGCUUGGAAUGCGGAUAAAGCUGAUCAAUUUAUACAAGUGGAACGGCUAAAAAUGUAUAUGCUUGUUGCUGGAGUGUCUCUGAUGGCCUCAUCGCAUGGUGUCAUUAAUACACUGGAGGGUGUUGAAUGGAUUAAAGUUUUGGCGCUGCAAUUAUGGUAUUUAUCUUCGCCUACUUCUUCUAUAACGGAUGCUUUAUUGGCCUACGAGAAAUCUUUUAAUUCUGAAGAGUUCUUCUCUUUGCCACCCACCCCUGCUUACAUGGAAAACAGUGCUAACAGUAAUGAGAGAAAAACUUGUUUUGAUUUGCGUUAUCACUUAUUGCAAUUGUUUUCCAAAAGAAGUCAUCCCUUGGAAAGUCUGCUGAAUCCCGCUACACACACCUCUGACCCCAUGGACUAUCGUUUAAGUUGGUUGUUAUUGCAAACUUUGGAAGCCUUGGGUUAUCGCCACUGUUCCGAGUUAUGCGAAUCCCAGUUGCAUGUUGGAUUUGCGUCUCAAUUGGAAAACAAUGACUUGUGGGAGUGGGCCAUAUUUGUAUUGCUGCAUAUCAAGGAGAAAAAUCAACGUGAACUUGCAGUACAAAAUGUCCUCUAUCGUUAUGUGUCCGUCUCUAAAGAUGUAGCCCUAACGGACAAAGAGAAAUUUGUCAUAAAUAAUUUGGGAGUGCCAGAGAAAUGGAUUGACUAUGCCAAAGCGGUAAAGGCGGGCGCCAUACAAAAUUACCACUUGCAAGCCAAGUAUUUGCUGAAAGCGAAGCAAUGGUCCUUGGCACAUGAGAUUAUAUUCCAACACAUAGCACCGGAUGCUGUCAUAAAUGACAAUUUGGAUUAUUUACAUGAUUUAUUGAGUCAAUUUGAAACACCAGAUUUAAAUAAAAGCGUAAAAGUACCCAAUUGGUCUAAUCAAGGGCAGAUUUAUUUGGACUUUAUAGAUAUCAAUGAAAAGUUCAAAGGACUCAAAUCCCUUAAAACUGAAGCCGAUAUUGAAGCACGCUGGGAAAAUCUUAAACCCCAAUUGGCCGACUUAUGUUCCCGCAUCAAUCUUUUACCCUGUCCCACACCCAAACAUCGUUUGUGUCAAAGUGAAAUCGCUCAAAAUUUGGCGUGCUUAGUUCGUGGUGUCCUUCUUGUUUGUCCCAUCUUAAAUCCCUGCCUCAUUAUAAAAAUAGCCUUGGAACGUCUACCGCUGCCACAGGAAUUCGCCCAACAAGAACUUCGUGCCCUGCUUGAUACGUUGGUUGGUGACCUCUCCAAAGCCCAAAUGGUACAGAGUGAAGUGUGACAAGCUUUAGCAUGGUAACAAACAUCAAGAUGAGACGUGUUUUAUUUUUAAGUACUACAUUUUUGUUUGGCUAUACAUUUAAUAUUUUUCUUCAAAUAUUUGCUCUACUUUUUAAGCUAUGCGGUAAACGUGCUCGAUGUAGUCCUUCUUCUUCUACUUUAUUUCUACAAAUUGUCUUUAAAAUAAUUUUCGUAUAUUUUGUUAAUUUUAGAAAGUAUUCCGUUAUUUAAACUGAAACUAUUGUUUGCCAGUUACUUUAAAUUUUUUGGUUUAAAUUAAAAAAAAAUGUUAA